CCCCACCGUCGCCGCGAUGCGCCGGCCUCGUUGAUUGAGGGCUCCUGAAGCGCCCCCCCCGCAUCCUCUGCAUCGCCCCCCCCAGGCGGAAAAUCGGGAUUUGAACCCCUCCCCCGUCCCCUGGAGCUCAAGGCCGGGGGCUGCGAUCGGGGGGGGGUCCGGCCCCCCCAGGAGGGCGAGCGGGGGCUGCGGUCGAGGGAGAUUCGGGGCGCCCCCCCCCGGACAGACAGACGGACAUGGGGCGUUUUCUCUUCUACCGGCAGUUCUCCCCUCCCCCCUGCAAAAUGAGGGGCGCUGACGCCUGAGCCCCCCACUGCGACCCCCGCCCCCCGCGCGGCUCACCGCUGCCAGCUGCCAGGGCUCCCCGGAUUGGGGCUUGGGGGGCCCCGGAGCGGGGCGAGCGCUGGACUGUCCCUGCCGAGCGCCCCCCUCCGGACGGGCAGGGGGGGCCGCACCCCCGAGCCGGGGGGGCCCCCGCCGAUCACGGAUUCCGUGGCAGCCGGGGCCGCGGCGACGUUCCCCAUGCGGAGGGUGGAAGAUGCCGACGUCGCCCGGGCUGCUGCUGUUGCUGAUCGUCAGCGUCGCCCGCCAGAGCCUGCAGGUGCUGUCGUCCCUGCGCAUGGCUGCGAUCCUGGACGAUCAGACGGUGUGUGGGCGCGGGGAGCGGCUGGCCCUGGCCCUGGCCCGGGAGCACAUCAACAGCAUCAGCGAGGUGCCGGCCAAGGCCCGCGUGGAGGUCGAGAUCUUCGAACUGCAUCGCGACAGCCAGUACGAGACCACGGACACCAUGUGCCAGAUCCUGCCCAAAGGGGUGGUGUCGGUUCUGGGCCCCGCAUCGAGUCCGGCCUCGGCCGCCACCGUCAGCCACAUCUGUGGGGAGAAGGAGAUCCCCCACGUGAAGGUGGGCCCCGAGGAGACCCCCCGGCUGCAGUAUUUGCGCUUCGCCUCCGUCAGCCUCUACCCCAGCAACGAGGACCUGAGCCUGGCCCUGGCGCGGAUCCUGCAGUCGCUCAACUACCCCUCGGCCAGUCUCAUCUGCGCCAAGGCCGAGUGUCUGCUGCGAUUGGAGGAGCUCGUGCGCCAGUUCCUCAUCUCCAAGGAGACGCUGUCGAUCCGGAUGCUGGACGACGCCCACGACCCGACGCCGCUGCUCAAGGAGAUUCGGGACGACAAGAUCUCGACCAUCAUCAUCGACGCCAACGCCUCCCUCUCCUACCUCGUCCUCAAGAAGGCCUCGGAGCUGGGCAUGACCUCGGCCUUCUAUAAAUACAUCCUGACCACCCUGGAUUUCCCCACCCUGCGCCUGGACGACGUGGUGGACGAUCACUCCAACGUCGUGGGCUUCUCCAUCCUGAACGCGACCCACCCCUUCUUCCUGGAGUUCGCCCGCAGCCUCAAUAUGUCCUGGCGGGAGACCUGCGAGCGGAGCCCCUUCCCCGGCCCCACGCUCUCGGCGGCCCUGCUGUUCGACGCGGUGCACGUGGUGGUGGGGGCCGUGCGGGAGCUGAACCGCAGCCAGGAGAUCGGGGUCCGGCCGCUGGCCUGCACCUCCGCCAGCAUCUGGCAGCACGGCACCAGCCUCAUGAACUACCUGCGCAUGGUAGAGUACGACGGGCUGACGGGGCGCGUGGAGUUCAACAGCAAGGGGCAACGAACCAACUACACCCUGCGUAUCCUGGAGAAGUCGCGGAACGGGCACCGCGAGAUCGGCGUGUGGCACUCCAACAAGACGCUGGCCAUGGACGCCUCCACGCUGGCCACGGACGCCUCCGAGAGCCUGGCGAACAAGACCCUCAUUGUCACCACCAUCCUGGAGAACCCCUAUGUGAUGCGCAGGGCCGGGGCCCAGGCCCCGGGGGGCGCCGAGGGGCUGUACGAGGGGUUCUGCGUCGACAUGCUGCACGAACUCGCCGGGAUCCUCAAGUUCCGCUUCCAGCUGCGGCUGGUGGAGGACGGGCUCUACGGGGCGCCCGAGGCCAACGGCUCCUGGACCGGCAUGGUGGGCGAGCUCAUCAACCGGAAGGCCGACCUGGCUGUCGCCGCCUUCACCAUCACGGCGGAGCGGGAGAAGGUGAUCGACUUCUCCAAGCCCUUCAUGACCCUGGGGAUCAGUAUCCUGUACCGGGUGCACAUGGGCCGCAAGCCCGGCUACUUCUCCUUCCUGGACCCCUUCUCCCCGGCCGUCUGGCUCUUCAUGCUCCUGGCCUACCUGGCCGUCAGCUGUGUCCUCUUCCUGGCCGCCCGGCUGAGCCCCUACGAGUGGCACAACCCCCACCCCUGCCUGCGGGGGCGCCCCCACGUGCUGGAGAACCACUACACCCUGGGCAACAGCCUCUGGUUCCCCAUCGGCGGCUUCAUGCAGCAGGGCUCCGAGGUGCUGCCCCGGGCCCUGUCCACGCGCUGCGUCAGCGGGGUCUGGUGGGCUUUCACCCUGAUCAUCAUCUCGUCCUACACGGCCAACCUGGCCGCCUUCCUGACGGUGCAGCGCAUGGAGGUCCCCGUGGAGUCGGCCGACGACCUGGCCGACCAGACCAACAUCGAGUACGGCACCAUCCACGCCGGCUCCACCAUGACCUUCUUCCAGAACUCCCGGUACCAGACGUACCAGCGGAUGUGGGAGUACAUGCUGUCCAAGCAGCCCAGCGUCUUCGUGAAGAGCACGGCGGAGGGCGUCGCCCGCGUGCUCAGCUCCCGAUACGCCUUCCUGCUGGAGUCCACCAUGAACGAGUACCACCGGCGCCGGGACUGCAACCUCACCCAGAUCGGGGGGCUGCUGGACACCAAGGGCUACGGCAUCGGCAUGCCGCUGGGCUCCCCGUUCCGGGACGAGAUCACGCUGGCCAUUCUGCAGCUGCAGGAGAACAAUCGGCUGGAGAUCCUCAAGCGCAAGUGGUGGGAGGGGGGCAAGUGCCCCAAGGAGCAGGACCAUCGGGCCAAAGGCCUGGGCAUGGAGAACAUCGGGGGCAUUUUUGUGGUUCUCAUCUGCGGACUCGUGGUCGCCGUCUUCGUGGCCGUCAUGGAGUUCGUCUGGGCGACGCGCCGCUCGGCGGAGACUGAGGAGCUCUCGGUGUGCCAGGAGAUGCUGCGGGAGCUGCGCCAGGCCGUGUCGUGCCGGAAGCCCACGCGGUCCCGGCGGCGCCGGCGGCCCCCGGCCCGGGCAGCCCGGGCCCUUCGCGCCGUCCGCGAGAUGCGGCUCAGCAACGGGAAGCUCUACGCGGGGCCCCUGGCCUCCGAACCCGCCCCCCAGCGCCUCCUGGAGGAGCCCGCCCGGCCCUGCACCCACAUCCGCAUCUGCCACGAGUGCCGCCGCAUCCAGACUCUGCGGGGGGCCCCCCCCACCCCCCGCCGGCCCCCGCCCCCCGAGGAGGGCACCCCGCGACGGGGGGGGCCCCGGGACCCGACGCCGCAGGAAUGACCCCUGCCGCGGCCUUCGCCCCUCUUGACAUGUACGCCGUGCGUAUGCCAGGACUCCGGGGUCGGGGGGGCCUGGGGACAGGACCCCCCAGGGACGAGACCCCCCCACAGUGCUCCCCUGGAGAUGGGACCCCCACUGGGGAUGGGCGUCCCCAACACAGGGGUGCCCUGGGGUCAGGGGGCAGAGCCCUCGGUGCCACCUGAGAUUGACCCCCCCUUGUGCCUCCACCCCCUACAACUGGCGCAGCCCCCCCCCGUGCUGCCCCCUGUGGCCCCCGCCGCGCCCGGGGGGGCCGCAUCCCCCACGUGCCUGGAAGCAGGGGAGGCCCCGGGGCUGUGGGGUCGGGUGCUGGUGGAAACACGCCGGCGAUGGACCAGGACGGCGCUCGAAGGCGGGGACCAGGGCGGGGGGCGCACAGGGCAGAGGGGGGGCCAUGAACUCAGGGUUUCAAAGCGGCCGGGUCGGGACAUCGGCACCGGGGGCGACUGGACGAGGGGAACCGGCCCCAGGAUCCGCGAGGGGGUGGGGGGAGCCGGAGCCGCCCGCAGCGAAGGGACGAGACGUGGCCUGGCCAGAGGCGCAAGCAGGACGGACACAGGGGGCCCGGGCCCCCCCGGCUCCAUUUCUUUUCCUUUUGUUUCCUUCUUUUUGGAGAAAUUUCUAUUGAACCAAAACGGGAGAAUCCGAGCGAGGCCGAGGGAAUAAAACCGACGUGAGA